AUGGAGAACAAGGCCAUGUACCUUCACACCUUCAAUGAGAGGGAGAACGGCUCCGUCUUUGAGGAGCCCUUCGAGGGAAGGAACCUCUCCAAACUGAACCUCUGCGAGGACGGUCCCAGGCAGAGGAUGAAGGCAGCAGGACGCUGCAGCCGGCUGGGCUCCUUGGCAGCACUGAAGUACGCCGUGGUGGGACUCUACCUCCUCGUCUUCCUCAUCCUCGUCGGAGUAUUCAUCCUCGCAGUCUCCAGACCGCAGACAUCCCCCGAGGACCUGAAGGUGCUGAUGGGGAACGUCAACCGCCUCAAUGAGAGCUUUCGGGACAUGCAGCUGAAGCUGCUGCACCUACCUGUGAAGGGGGAUGUGCUGGAUCACAUCUGGAGGCUCCAGGACCUCCUGCAGAACCACUCAGACUCCUUGUUCCUCAUGACGGGGUCACUGCAGAAGCUGGAAGGGCUUCUCUGGAGCCUGCAGACCCAGGCCAGCCAAACCGACAAGGCAGUGUCCAACCUCUGGGACAGCUUGACCCAGCAGAGCGACGCGGCUCAGCAGGAGAUGUAUAAGCUCUCCGUGGAAGGCAACAGCAGCCGGCUGCUGCUGCAGCACCAUGACCAUCUCCUGAGCCACCUGGGCAGCAGGGUGGAGAGCCUGAGUGACCAGAUGACGACCGUGAGCGGGGCCGUGGACACCAUGAACAGGACCUUCUCCUAUGACGUCAACAUCCACCAUACCCGCAUCCAGGACCUGCAGGUGCUGAUCAGCAACGCCACCGAAGAUGCCCGGCAGAUGCGUCUCAUCCAUAUAGCCAUGGAGGAGCAGCUGAAGCACGAGCUGGCCAUCCUCAACAACGUGACAGAGGACCUGCGGCUGAAGGACUGGGAGCACUCUGUCGCACUGAAGAACAUCUCUGUCAUACGGGGGCCACCAGGACCCAAAGGAGACCAAGGCAAUGAAGGGAUGGAGGGUGAACCUGGUCUUCCCGGCCUGCCUGGGCUGCGAGGGCUACCCGGGGAGAGAGGACCACCAGGACCACGUGGCUUGAAAGGGGACCAAGGAGACCUUGGCCCUCCAGGUCCAGUGGGGAUGCGGGGGUUCAAAGGUGACCGAGGCCCGAAGGGAGAGAAGGGGGACCGAGGCGGCAGCACAGCAGCCGCCGAGGAGGGGAUGAUUCGGCUGGUGAACGGCUCCGGCUCCCACGAGGGACGGGUGGAGGUCUUCUAUGACCGGCGUUGGGGCACGGUGUGCGACGACGGCUGGGACAAGAAGGAUGGAGACGUGGUGUGCCGGAUGCUGGGCUUCCGAGGCGCCGAGGAGGUGUACCGCAUGGCCCGGUUCGGCCAAGGCACGGGGAGGAUCUGGAUGGACGACGUCUCCUGCAAGGGGACAGAGGAGAGCCUUCUGCGCUGCAGCUUCUCCAGCUGGGGCAAGACCAACUGCGGCCACGCCGAGGACGCCGGCGUCAAGUGCCUGACGCCGUGA